AUGGAGCAACCAAAGAACACGACCGACGUCAAGGAAUUUGGCGGCAAGCAAAUCACACCCGAAGGUACACCAUCCAAGCAUAACUCAAAAUUUCCUUGCUUCGCAUCCUGACAUUUGUGUGUCAUAGUGACCUGGGCGCAACGCUCCUCGAAGACCGAGGCAGAAAAGAACCACAUCUUCCUCGCAAUCAACGUGCCCGACAUAGAUCCUAAGAAAAUCAAGCUCGAUGUCCAGCCUACCAAGCUCACCUUCACCGGCUAUUCCGAGUCCAAGAAGAGCGACUACCACGUCGAACUCGAGUUCUACAAGGAGAUCGACCCGUCGGCUUCGAAGAUCAACCACUCCCCAAGAGCAGUGGAGAUGGUGCUGCAGAAGAAGGAAUUGGAGGAGGAGUUCUGGCCGCGGUUGCUGAAGGACAAGCAGAAGGUGCACUUCUUGAAGACCGACUUCGACAAGGUAGGAAUGAAUACGCGUGUGGUGUUCUUGUUGGAAUCGUGACUGAUUUGGAGUGCAGUGGGUCGACGAGGACGAGCAGGAUGCCCAGCCAGACGACGAUGACUACAUGAGCCGUAUGGGCGGAAUGGGUGGCAUGGAAGGCAUGGGUGGCAUGGGUGGUAUGGGCGGAAUGGGAGGCGAUGGCGGCUUUGGUGAGUACACAAUAGCACCUUCUAACAGUAAGAGGAUUGCGAACAGUGGACUAACGUUUACCAGGCGGCAUCGACUUCAGCAAGCUCGGCGGCGCAGGAAUGGGCGGCCUUGGCGGCGAAGAGGGAGACGAUGAGGGCGAUGAUGAGGAUGACGAGGAGAUGCCAGAGCUCGAGGGCGACGAGGACGCAGCGGCCGGUGCAAAGGACGGCAAGAAGAUCGAAGAGGUGGAGUAA